GAGCCUGCUCAACAUCACCAUUCGGGAGAUCAGCUGGCUUCAGGGCGCGGAGGCCGAGAAGAUCCCCGUGCACUUUGGCCUGCACCACGGGGGCGGCGAGGUGCCCCUGUGCGGCGAGCCGCUGAAGACGCUGACCAACGAGUACCGACACUGGCCGCCCCAGUCGGAGCUUGCGCAGGCCAGCCUGCGGGCGCUCGUGCCGUGGCUCAUGGCGACGCAGUGCAGGCCGCCCGUCACCCUGGGGCAGCUGGCCCGGAUGUCCGAGGGCUUCGUGGAUGAGGAGAUGGAAUUUACCCACCUGAGGUCCGCCAGGUCUCUGGGCAAGCCUCGGAAGGGCGCAGGAGCCGGCGGUCCUCGAGAAGGCGCGGCGCCUGGUCGCCGCUGGCCAGCUGGUGCGGGCGGGCGAGAUCAACCUCCGCCGGCUCCCGGGCCUGGCGCACUUGGCGCCGCGGUGGGCGGCGAUGCUCGGGAUCGAGGCGGAGGUCGAGCACGUGCACAGCUUCCUCUGGCUCGGCGUGACAGAGGGCAGUGGCACGUGGACCCCUACGACAACAUGCUGAUCCAGCUGCGAGGGCGGGUCGACGUGCUCGUGUUCCCGCCGAACUGCUCUUUCCUGCUGUGCCCCAAGAUCCACGAGGACGCCGGACUGAUCAAGUGGGCCACCAAUAGCAUGCCAUUCGGGACGCCAAGAGCGCCUUUUUUCCACCUGGAGCUCGGGCCCGGCCAGGGCGUCGUCAUCCCCAGCGGGGCAAAGCACAGAGUCGUCAAUCGCGACGUGCACCGUGUCGGGAUCAACGCGUUCUUCGAGCCGAAGUUUGGCCGCAUGGGCUGGAACCGCGCCGCGAACAUGUUCGCGCGGGGCGACCGGGACGUGCUGGCCGCACGCAGCGUCUGGGUGAGGACGGUGAGGCGGCUGUGGGACACGCGGAGGAUCAGCAUGUUCUACCACACCGCCAGGAUGGAGAUCAUCUGA